UCGCCCUCUGGUGGUUGGUUGCAGUAUGGGUCAUAAACCCCAACCUCUGCAUGUAAACAAAUGAGACGGGCCAAACAAAAAAUCCAAUUACACAUCAAAAAAAAAUUCAAGGAUGUUUUUGUCAUUUUAGUGGGUGGUUAAUAUUACAGCGUGGUUAAUAUUUCUCAGAGACGGAUGCAGUAACAUGUUUUCUAGCCAGGAGCGAAAACAAUUAUAUUGAGCAGAAUUAAGUUCAAUCAAUCUAAAGGUUCAGCCCUCCACAACAGUUCCAGUUUCUCAUGUGGCCCCUUGCAAAAUGAACUGCCCACCCCAUAAUAGACAACUGCAACAACGUCUUUCAACAAGGAGAUCCUUAUAAAACAUGCACAGACACAGAAUGUUUGAAAUAAGAAACGUGCUUAACCAAGAAAACGAGACCUCACUUUUUUUUCUUAAUCAUGCCAGAAAUAAGAGGUUCAUCUACAGAUAAGAUUGAGACAGACGGAUACACUGGAAAAAACAUUGAGGUUUCAUGUCAACACAGCUGGGCUUCAACCAACACAAAGUAUUUCUGCAGAGAUGCAUGUGAAGAUGUUCUAGUAUCAUCUGAUCAAUCAUCUAACGGAAGGUUUAGUCUGAAGGAUUUUGGAAACGGGACGUUCACAGUGACCAUCACUGAACUACAGGAGUCAGACUCUGGGAUUUACUGGUGUGGAGUGGGCAGAGUUGGUCCAGACACAUAUCAUGAGGUCAAUGUGACAGUAUUUAAAGACAUUACACCUACAAUCACUGAAUUACACACAACUCAACCGCUUCCUACACCAACACGACAACCCGAAUCUCAGUUUGCCACAUCAAGCAGAACGUCCGGAUCUUCAACCCCUGAUGACAUCACACAAUCACCCUCAAUGUCAGUCUCUUCAGUGUCUGUAAACAUCUCGCUGUAAGCUGUUGGUGGUCUGAUCGCAGUCGUCAUACUUGUAUGUGGCCCAGUUGCUGUUUGUCACUACAGGAAGAUAGUCAAGACAUCAGCAGGUCUUGUGCCAGCGACACCACUCGAUCACAAUGAAGGUACAGAGGAUACUAAUGUAUAUGAAAAUGAUCUUCAAGACACACAGAACAUCAAACAGAUGAAAUCCAAGAAGUUGAAGUCUAAAGUCCAAAAGAGCCAAUCACCUUCAGUCUAUGAGAAUGUAGAGCUCAAGCCGGGCCAGUCAGAUGUCAUCUAUGGAAAUCUUUGAUCCGAGCAUCAAGACAUGAGAUUCUGAUAAGAGUACUGAUCUAAAAUGGCCAAAGUGAUUCAUAUUUCCUACAUCACAUUUCCUACAAGACAUUUAAAUAAAUCACAAUGAAAACGCUCACACAGAUAAAGAUAAAAAGAGGAGGAGUUUGUGGGGCUUCUGAUGAGUUUGAUACCACCAUCAGACUUCCACCCUGUUUUCAGAAGACAAUUUUAGAGACUACUGAGUGAGAUUAUCUGCAAUCUCCUCUUAUACAAACUCUCUGGAAGCUCAUAAUGAAGAUCUGUUGUGUCGUGUGUGUAUGGAUCUUUCUGACAGAAAUUAGAAGUUCAUCUACAAAUGGAAUUGAGAUGCAUGGAUACACCGGAAAACAAGUCACCAUUUCAUGUCAACACAGCUGGGCUUGGAGCAACAGAAAGUACUUCUGCACACAUCCAUGUAAAGAUGAAGAUGUUCUAGUAUCAUCUGAUCGGUCACCAAACGGGAGAUUCAGUCUGAAGUAUCUUGAAAAGGGAACGUUCACAGUGACCAUCACUGAUCUACAGGAGUCAGACUCUGGGAUUUACUAUUGUGGAGUGGACAGAGUUGGUGCAGACACGUAUGAGAAGGUCAAUCUGAGAGUAUCUAAAGACACAACUCAACCACUUCCUAUAUCAACACGACAACAAGAAUCUCAAUUUGCCACAUCAAGCAGAACAUCCAGAUCUUCAACCCUUGAACACACCACACAAGUACCUUCAGUGACAGUCUCUUCAGUGUCUGUAAACAUCUCGCUGUAUGCUGUUGGUGGUCUGAUCGCAGUCGUCAUACUUGUAUGUGGCCCAGUUGCUGUUUGUCACUACAGGAAGAUAAUCAAGACAUUAGCAGGUCUUGUGCCAGUGCCAGCAACACCAGUCGACCACAAUGAAGAUACAGCUGAAGAGGAUACUAAUGUAUAUGAAAAUGAUGUUCAAGACACACGGAGCAGCAAACAGAUGAAAUCUAAGAUGUUGAAGUCUAAAGUCCCGAAGAGCCAUUCACAUUCAGUCUAUGAGAAUGUGGAGCUAAAGCCGGGACAGUCAGAUGUCAUUUAUGGAAAUCUUUGAUCCGAGCAUCGAGAUCAGAGUAGAGAGAUCUAAAAUGACCAAAGUGAUGCAUUGAACAUUUUCUACAUUGACAUCACAUCACAGACAUUUAAUUAAAUGAAAGUGUCUAUAAAAACGAUUAUAUCCCAUUUACAAAUACUUGAAAUGUGAAAUCCCCCUAAAGAACCACAAGGGGCGCUGUAUCCUGUAAACAGUUAUGUCACUUUAUAUUUUGUACAUUUUGUUUCUCAUUAAUUGUUGUCUGCACCUGUCUUCUACUUUGAUAGUAUUAGAUGGUUUGUAUUAGUAGAUUCCUGUAUGUUUGAAAAUAUUACUACACUAAAAACACUAUGUACUUCAACCAAUUCAUAUUACACACUAAUGCUGCUGAAGCUCAACUGGUAUAGCAAUGCAUCAGCAAUGUAAAGUUGAUAGGUUCAAAUA